GGGAUCUGUUCUGUUCUCUGCAAUUAUGACGUCAUUGGAGAAAGAUUCGAGCCCUCAGAGCCUGACGGAGCCGGAGGAAGUGAGAAGGGAUGCGCCCAGACGGAGGGUCUCACUCAGUGGCAUGGCCAACCAUGUAAGCAAGGCACCCACCAUGAAGGGACGAGAAAACGAUGAGUAAUGAUGGCAUAUAUAACGUAAUCGAGAUCUGUUGCUGGCGUGUGGUGUGUCCAGGUGGUAGCUGUGCUCGGGGCGCAGUGGGGCGAUGAGGGGAAGGGGAAGCUGGUGGACAUCCUGGCGAGAGAUGCACACGUCUGUGCCAGAUUCAACGGUGAGUGAGGAAAGACAGACCAACACUGAAGCCAGGCCUGGCAUGAAUCUCGCUUGUGCGUUGAUGGACUGCCCGUGUGCUGUGAGUGCAGGGGGAUCCAAUGCAGGCCACACGCUCCACGUGGUACUGUACGUCGCUCACAUCACAUCGAUCUACCUUCACGACCUGCACUGUCAUGUCAUGUGUCCUAACUUUAAUCCUGUGUGCUGUCCUAUCUUUUUCCAUUAUCAAAUGAAUCCAUCGCAUAUAUCGAUCAGGAGGGCAAAAAGUAUGCGCUUCACCUGCUGCCGUGCGGCUUGCUGUACAGCGGUGUCAAGAACCUCAUCGGCAACGGGGUGGUCGUCCACCUCAAGACGCUACUCGAGGAGUUGGAGCAACUCAAGGACUCGGACCCACAAGCCAUCACCAGGUAUACUAUACAUAUGCGGGGGUGGGUGCGCACACACAGUCAUGGGAUGGAUGGAUGGAAGAUCCAUUGCGUCUUUCCUUUGCCCUUUCCCCUUUCCUGUGCCUGUCUGUGUGGCAGGCUGUUCAUAUCCAACCGUGCGCAGCUGCUGUUCGACUUCCACCAGACGGUCGACGGCCUAUACGAAGCCGAAAAGACCAAAGACGGAAGUCAGUCAGUGGGAUUCGGACUCACACCAACCACAGCAGCGCAUCUGUGCCGCCGGUAUGGCUGUGUUGUCUUGUGUUGUGUUGUGUAUGGUUUUUAGAUCAGAUCGGCACGACCAAGAAGGGCAUCGGCCCGUGCUACUCGAACAAGGCGGCACGGUCGGGUGUUCGUGUGGGGGACCUCCUCUACUGGGACACAUUCGUCGAACGAGUAAAGAAUGAAGGAAACCACAUAUACGACUCUAACUCUAACUCUUCCUCCACCAUUGUGUGUGUGCAGUACACUCGGCUGCUGAACGAGUACAAGAAGCGGUGAGAUAGCGGCUCGACACACCACGACGCACUCGGCACACCAGAACCGUGCGUGUCGUCUCGUGUGUUGGCUGCUCGUCGCUCGUGCAGGUUCAGUUUUGAGCACGAUGCAGAGGAGGAGCUGGCGCGACACAAAAAGUACCUGGAGGUGCGGUGCGAGGGCGGGCGGAGAACACACACAGACAGAUAAAACAAAAGAGCUAGCUAGCUACAUGCCUGCGAAAUGGAAUGGCGUGCCUGUUGUGCAUAACAGACCAUCAAGGGUCAGAUCACCGACUCGGUCUACUUCAUGAAGGAGUCGCUCGACAGAGGCGAAAAAGUCCUCGUGGAAGGUACGCAGGAAGGAAGGAUGCACACACACACCGACCGACAUACACACACGCCACACAGCACUGUUUCGCCUAUUUUCAGGUGCCAACGCGACGAUGCUGGACAUAGACUUUGGGACGUACCCGUUCGUGACGUCGUCGAGCACGGUGGCAGGCGGCAUCUGCAUCGGCCUGGGCAUCCCGCCCACACAAAUCGACUGCUGUAUCGGCGUGGUCAAGGCAUACACCACACGAGUCGGCAGCGGACCAUUCCCCACAGAACUGCACGGUGGGUACGGCGGGCUGGCUGGGCGAUCGAAUGAAUGCAAUGCACAGACAGAGGGGGAGGGGAGGGAUGGGGCGAGCGAGCGAUUGUCGUGGUGCGGUGCGCGUGUGUGUGUGCAGAUGAGAUAGGGAAGCACCUGCAGGAAGUCGGUAAGCACUCGAGACAGCACUGGUGGGUGGGUGGAUGGCAUAGACGACCGGUCCCCGUGUGUGUCUUGUGUUGUGUUGUGCUGUGUUGUUGUGUGUCUGCCGGUAGGUAGCGAGUUCGGCACGACAACGGGGCGCAGACGCCGUUGCGGAUGGCUCGACAUGGUCAUGCUCAGGUAGGCAACACCUGCCCACAUACUCCGAGAUGAAGAGGCAGAGACGGUCCAUUCGCGCGUGUGUGUGUGUGUGGCAUGGCAUGGCAUGGCUGCAGGUAUUCUCAGUGCAUGAAUGGGUUCCACUCCGUCAACCUGACCAAGCUGGACGUCCUCACGGGCAUAGACCAACUCAAAAUCGCUGUCGCAUACAAACUGCCAGAUGGUACACACCUACGGUCGACAAGCAUCACAAGCAUCCACACCUCCAUUCCAUUCCAUGAAUCCAUACCCAUCCCUCCCUCCCUCCCUCCCUUGUUUGUAUUCCUUCCUUCCCUUCCUCCCGCAGGCACGGUUCUGCCCGAGGGCUACUUCCCUGCUGUGUUGGAGGAGCUGGCGAGCGUGGAGGUGGUGUACGAGACCAUGUCCGGCUGGACCGAAGACAUCUCACAGAUGACCACAUUCGACCAGCUCCCGAAAGCAGCACAGGUCAGUCAAGUCAGUUUCCGCACAGACAGACAGACGAGUGAGUCCAUCACACGUGUGAGUGUUUGUGUUGUGUUAAGGACUAUGUGGUGAGGAUUGAGACCCUCAUGAAGGUGCCGAUAUCAUGGGUACGGAAGGCACAGACCGACCGACAGUCAGACAGACAACGAAGCCUGCCUGACCUGUCUGCUGCGGGUGUGGUGUUGAUGUGUGUGUCAGGUUGGCGUCGGCCCCGACCGGCUCAACACGAUCCGCCUGCGCCCCUGAGAGAGACAGACAGAUAGACAUGCGUGUGCCGACCCUACCCGACUCGCUAUGCCUUGCCUUGACGUGCCUGCCGUAGAGAUAAUGCAAUGCUCGAUAGGAUAGAUGUGGUCAUAUACCUAC